CUUCAUUUGUUCAAGUCAAAAGUAAUCCAAUAGACACUGUGAUGGAGGGAACUGGAUAUGAGCGGUGUGCUGAGGCCCCAGAGAAGUCCAGGAACCUGGUUCCUGAGCACGGUGUCCUGCCGCCAGCAACAGAUAUGGGAAUUCUCGGGGAAAUGGAAGACGAUGAAAAUCUAAGUUUAUCCUCUGCUGGGUGGUCACUUGGAUUUACGCAGAGCUUUGACUUAGUGUCCCUCACAUCUACAGUAAACUCGGGUAACAACUCAGGUGUCAGUCUUGAACAGCGGCAGUCCCAAGGGGCCCUGAGGACGGAUACUUUUGCUGAGAAGACCAAGAGGCCUGCACAUAAUCACACAUCGAAACCUGCAGCUGUUGACACUGACUGUUUGAGCACCCUGGACCAGAAAGCCUCCUACAGCACUCUUCAGGAGGAGAACAGUGUCCUGAGCCUAGACACUGUGGAUUAUGGCUCACUGUCGAAAACAGUUUGCAUUGAAACAAGCCAAAUGUCAAAAAGCAUGGGAAGCACGAAGGCGUAUUGCAGUAGUGUACGGUCACCCACCCCCUACCCGUCAAGAAUAUCCCAUACCUACACAGAAGCAUCUGAUCAGGUUGCACACAACUCACUGAGUAAACAGUUUUACCUGGGAAUCCUGAUGGACCCUCUGUUGGAGCUUUUUGGUAUCACUCAUGAUGCCAUUUACACAGAUGUCCAGGAUAGAGUGCUUCAAUUGCUGCAGGAUAUGCACUCUACGGCUAGCGAACAAGAGCAAGAAGUACUCCAGAAUGUGUCUGCCAGAGAGAUUGUCAAGGCAGUAGUGCAGCAGAUCAAUGCUGCCCUGUCAAGGGCUAUCCAGCAAGGCUUUUCAAGACCACAGUUGCUUGCUUUAUUGGGAUCUUCAGAGCUUUAUAGUGAAGAUGGGUCAGUAGCAGUUGUCAGUCCAGAAGUUACUUUGAUCACCCCCUCAACAGAGGAGAGACGAAGAUUGCUGAAACUUCGUUUUAAUAACUUCCUUUGUGGAAUUUCAUCAAAAAUCAAGAGCAUGUCCAACUGUCUCAAAGUGACUAACAAGAGAGCACAACAAGAGCAAAGUCUAGUUGUUGACCUGCCAGCCUCUUCUGAUGAGGGAACAGAGCAAGAAUCAUUAGAAGAGACUUGUCCUAGUAAAUUCUCUGACCCAGUUGUAGAGGAGAUUACCUCUGAAACAUCAGAAUGGAGUUUGCACUACCACGGAGCUGUACUGGACAGUCCUGUCUGCUCAGAAAGAAGUGUAGCUCAAAGUGAAAGAUACAGCCCUGCAAAACCAUCAGAUAUAGAUGGUUUAGGUUCUGCAGAAAAGGCUGUGUCAGAGAUAUCACUGGAGAGGUUAAGUCUCAGCCAUGAGGAUGAAGCAUCACCAGAAAGGUGCCUGGAGAUCCUCCUCUCUGGCAUUAUCCGUCCUCACACCAACAUGCUAGUGAAUCAGCUGGGCAGGCUUUUGAUGGUGAACCGCACCCUUAAAGCCUCCUCUGUGUGUGGCCGCUCCCAAUCUGAGUCAGCUCUGCCAAAGCCCAGAAUGACAGGUGAACUCCAAAGGGAGAUCUCGAAGGAGGGUUUGCUAGAGGUGGCCUACGCUCUUACAGAGAAAUCCAUCAAGACCCUUUUGGAGCAGUUACUCGCUGCACUCCUUCCUCCGUCUCCAGUGGUUGAGUCUGCCAUGCCCUGCCAAGACAUCAGGCCAGCUGCCGCCCUACAGGAGAUUAGGUCAGAGGUCAGCAUAGGGUGCAGCAACCCUCUUUCAGUGAUUUGCAGAACGAUCAUAGAUGUCUGUAAGAUCUCCAGACAGGCAGUUGAAGCAGUCAGUGAAGUAGAUGCAGGUCUGUCUGGAGAGAACAUUGAUGGAAGGUUUAGUAGCAUCACAGCAUCUGUUCAAAGAAAUUCAACCCCACCAGUCUCCUUAACUAAAUGUGACAGCUUCAGUUCUUUGGUGACCAAACCAAGCAACAAAGUUAAGACAUCAAGGUUCACAUUUCCUAACUUCACUCUCAAAAAGUUGAGGAAAGUGAACCAAGUGGGCAUUAGUCCACUUCUGACUAUCCAGCAAGAGGAAACCAAACUUCCCGCUGAUGUCAACCAUAAUAGAUCACACUCCAGUCCAACAACAGAGAAGUCUCCUGGACAUAAUGAAGAUUGUGACUCCUGCUCCUCACAGAAGAGCCCAAAGACACCCUCCUUUUCAAUCAGGAUAUAUUCCAUCGCUAAAAGGUCUUAAAUUGUCCUCAUGGUUAUGCCUCCUACUCCACAAUGAGGAGCAU